AUGAAGAUCUUAAAGGUUUAUUUUUGUUAUUUGUUUUUAGGUUUCAAGUGCCCCGUCUGCUCAAAGUUUGUCUCCUCAGAUGAGAUGGAUCUUCAUCUCGUCAUGUGUUUGACCAAGCCGAGGGUGACGUACAACGAGGAUGUGCUGGUGAAGGACACGGGCGAAUGUGCAAUAUGUCUGGAGGAGUUGAUCCAGGGAGACACCAUCGCUCGUCUGCCCUGUCUCUGUAUUUAUCACAAAGGCUGUAUUGAUGAAUGGUUUGAAGUGAACAGAUCGUGUCCUGAACAUCCUUCAGAUUAAAAUCACACAGCUUCAGGUUUGUAAGCGGUGAUGUUUUCCUACUGGCAGACAGCAAAUGUGAAUCUCUUCUUCCUGGACGCACUGUGACGUCUUCAGUUUUUUUCAGGCAGAGCGGGCACCUCGAUCACCCGACUCCUCCUUCUCCUCUCGUAGCAUCGCCAUAAAAACCCAGAUGUGCCAAAACUCACUGGAGCAAAUCUUCAGGGAAACUCUUGACUGUCGCCCUUCAGCUCUUCCCUCUGCACCGUACUACAAAAACAGACGGCACGCUUACUACUGCGCCACGCAACUAUUUACCAAUCAGGAAACGGCGAUAAACUUCUGGCCGUACUCGACGGUUUAGUUUAUUACCUGAAGCUCCUGAUUGGUCGGACUCAGGGUCAGCUGACCUCAUCAAUGAUUUGAUUGUACUUCAUGAUCUUGUGAUAAAGGACUACUGUAUCUACCAGUGCCUUCAUUUUCAAAUCCUAAGAGCCAACGGUGGUGCGUUUUUGGAUGAAAGACGAGUCUUCAUGAGCCAUCUUGUGGAUAUGAUGGGGAUAAAGAUCCUCUGAUUCCUGUCGGCCCGGAGCCAUACUGACAUUAGAAGUGCCAUGCGUCUGUUUCUACUUGGCCGUCGUCUGAUGGUGAACGUCUCCACUCGUGUAGCAAUAUUAUCGAUAGGCACGUAAAGCUUCACUGUAGCUUCUUGAUGGGUUUCUGAACAAUUCUCCUCCUUAUCAAUGUACAAGCAUCAAACACCAUCAAUCAUUUAUAUACUGAAUGAGAUAACCGAGCACAGAUGAGAUUAUUAUUCAAAAAUAACUCCAAAUGAUCUUUUUUAGUCUAUAAUACGCCAUCAGCUGAUAGAAAGAAGUUAUAUUUGAAUAAUGAAAUGCAACAUACAGUCUGGAUUUAAACAUCAGCUUUCCUCUUUAUUUUCCUCUCUUUUGUUUGUUCAUGCAGUUUAUUGUGAAUGAUCCAGUAAGAAUGAAAUGUUUUAUUUUGAUGAUUUAAUCACAUUACAGCUGCUUUUAUUCCUGUAGUUUAGACCGGUGAUGUCAUACUCUAGUUCAGAAGCACUGCCAACUAAUCAUUACUUAUCACUGAUUUGAUUUUUUUACAAUCUGUUAGUGAUUGUGAAGUCAUCUGUGGUCGGGUCUUUAUCAAGUGUUGGUAUUAACAGAUGUACUUCAGCCCAAUGAUGUUAAAUAAUGACGUCCCCAAAGAUAAGUCUGAGUAUUUAUUGUCAUACAGUGAUAUCUCAAAUGUGCCAUGAUAGCUUUCAAAUGCUGCUAAUGGAUUUUGAGGUUGAUAUGAGACUGAAUUGAGCUCUUUAUAGUCAUGCCAAUGUUACAGAUAAUACUGAAAGAUGGAGCUGUGUUCCAGAUAAUAACAUGCAGUCAUCGGCCAGCCAUUAGCUUUAAUGUGAAAUCAUUGUAGAUUGUGUUUAAAUGGCCUUAAUUGAUCAUGUGCAUAUUUUCAAAUUCAUGAAAUAUGAAUUUACCUUUCAAAAACUUUGUGAGCAGAUCUGAGCCCAGAUGAAUCUGAUUGGAUCAUUUUGUUUGUUUGUGUCGUCGUGUUUAAUGUCUGUCAUACACUCAUCAGGUUAAUGAUACUUGAUUUAGUUUCAUACUUACAGCAGUUUCACUUUCUUAAGAUGCAAUGAAAACACACAGGAUUGGGCAUCCGAUCCAUUACGCACACGUGUGAAGUUAACUCGGAUAACGGUUCUUUAAAAAUGAUUUAUUGUAACAUUCCAUGUGAACAUUAUGUACAGAGAUAAUGACAUUAAAAAACAACAUUUUUCAAGCACA